AUGGAACAAGAAAAAAUGAUAAAUCGAGACAAGACCUCCUUUUCUGAGGAAAAUAUCUUGAAUGACAUACACUAUUUGACUAUGAUGAAAAAUAUUAAUAUAGAUAUUAUUCAGGAGGGACUACUGAAAAAUGCAAUAGAUGAUGAUGAUACGAACAGCAUCCAGUUUCUGGAAGAUGAUAAUUGUUCAAAGAGUGAAUUAACAAUACUUAAUGCCCGUUUUAAAGUAGAAGAAACAAAUUAUACUUCUAAUAAACAUGAACUAAGAUAUGCAGACAUUAACAUAACUAUAGAUUUUAAUAAAAAACAAUUCGCGUACAGCAUAGAUAAUUCUAAAAUACAUAAAUGUUACUAUUUAAAAAUAACAGUACUUUUAGAUUAUAUUAUAGAAGAAGGGUUGAGCUUUAAAGAGAGUAUAUUAUAUUUACACAACUCAAUCAAUGAUAGUAAUUCCAUGAAUUGUGCUUGUUGGGGAAAUGACAAAAGUGCAAAAAAUGAUAAAAGCAACAGAAAGAAGCAAGGAGACAUAACUGAAAAAAGUGACAAACAUGAGAAAAGUGAAAACAAUGAAGGUCCAUAUUUAGAAUAUAAGCAAAGCGAUAAUUCGAAAAUUGAACCCUUUGAUAUAAAGGAUGAUACAGUACAUAAAGGAGUAGAUAAGCUAAAGGUUUAUAUUAAUUUGUAUGAACAAGGAGAUAUUAUAUUUUUAGAUAAAAAAAAGGAAAUGGAUGAACUAAGGAGAGUUACAUCCCCAACGUACUUCGACGAUAACAUCAUUUUCUUAGAUAAUGAAAAUGACAAAUUAGGUCAAAACGAAUUACUGGAAUCAGUUAAUUCCAAAAUAGAACAUAAUGUGGUAGUUAAACAAGGGCACACAGACAUAGCAUUUUUGAAGGAAGAAGAAGAGAGAAAAAGGAAAGAAAAACGAAAAAGUGAAGAAUUGAAAAAAAAUCACAAGGAUGAACAGAAAGAGGAAAAGGAAGAAAAAGAAGAAAGAGAUGAAAGAGAAAAUAAUAAUUACAACGACGUUAGAGAGGACAAGGAUGAUGUCUAUUACACUGAUAAAGAUUAUGAUGACUAUAUUAACGAUAACGAUGAUAAAGACUAUAUUGAUGAUUAUUAUUAUAAUGACCAUGUUGACAAUGAUGACUACAAUAUCGACAAUAUAAAGGAGGAAUCAAAAAGUUACAAAAAGGAAGGAUAUAAUGAAAGAGGUGAAAAAGCGUUUUCCUUAAAAGACGCUGAAGAAAUAAGUUUAUUUCUUAAAAGCGAUUUUAGAAAUAACGAAUUUGAGAAAGAUAAUCCACGAAUGAAGGGAAGGGACAGAAAAUAUGAAGUAGAAGAGGAAAAAAAAAAAAAGGCGUUUACGAAAAUUAUGAAUGAAAAUACACCUGUAACUGUUUUACUGUCUGAAAAAGGAAACGAGGUUUGUAAAGAACUAAUUAAUAAUCAUUCUAGAUAUUAUCGAGAUUUCAAAGAAGAGAAAGUGUUAGGCUGCGGUGGGUUUGGUUAUGUAAUGAAAGUUAAGAAUAAAAGAUUCGAUAUUACGUAUGCUUUAAAAAAAAUAAGGUUAAGUAGUUACAGUAAUGGAUCUACUUUUCUAAAUACAAAUGAUGAUGUUAUGGAUGAAGAUGACAAUUAUAUAGUAGAAGAGGCGAUAAUGUUUUCAAAAUUACAACAUGAAAAUAUUGUUAGGUAUUAUGAUGCAUGGAUUGAAAAAAAUAUUGAUUUUUACCUAUGUAAGGAAAUAAAACAUUAUAGUGAAGAGAAUAUUAAAAAAACAAAAAAAGAAUACAUUGAUUUUAUGGAAGAAAUAAAACAAACUUGGAAUUGUAAAAAAAGCUAUGAAGAAAAAUCUAAAGAGAAAUAUUUAUAUAUAUUAAUGGAAUAUUGCCCAGGAAAAACAUUAAGAGAAGCUAUAGAUUGUGGGUUUAUUUAUGAAAAUGAGAAGCUAAUAUGGGAAUUAAUUAAACAGAUAUUAAAGGGAUUAUAUUUUAUCCAUGAUAUGAAGAAAAUGCAUAGAGAUAUUAAACCGUCUAAUAUAUUUUUACAAAUAAGUGAUGAUAUUUUAACGGCGAAAAUUGGCGAUUUUGGAUUAACAACACAAGUUGGAAACAAUAAAAUAAACCCAUCAGCAGGAACAGUUAAUUAUAUAUCACCUGAACAACUUAAAGGUGAAUACUUCGAUCAAAAGGCGGACAUUUUUUCACUAGGUGUAGUUUUUUUUGAAAUGUUUCAUAAACCGUUUUCUACAAUUAUGGAAAGAUCCAUCGUAUUAUCAAAUUUAUUAAAAGGAAUAUAUCCGGAAUAUAUGCAAUCAGAAAGUAAAAGAUUUCAGUUUUUGUCAAGUCUGCUAGCCAUAAAUCCAAAGGAGAGAUCUUCUGCAUAUAAGUUGCUACACGAUUAUUUUUUUUUUUCCUUUGAAAAGGAUUAUACGGAAAUUUACAAUUUAGUAGAAAAAAAAAGGAAUUGUGAAGAAGUGCAUACAAUAAUUAGUGCAUUAUUUAAUAAAUUUGACACUAAGAGAGAAGAAAAAAUAAUAAAAAAAGAAGACAUGUUAACCUUUCAAAGCGCUAAAAUGUUUACUGAAGAAUCUGAUAUUAGGAAAAGUAUAAAAAAGAAAAUUAUAGCAUCUUUAAAAAGUAGAGGUGCAAUUUUUAUAAUUACACCUAUUGUUUUACGAAAUAAAUAUUAUAUAAAUUUAGAAAAUAUUUAUAUUGAUGAGUGUAAUUGUUCUCAACAUUCUUAUAAGAAGAAAGAAUGUAAAACGACGAAUAUAUAUAUUAAUACAAAUAUAUGUAACAAUGUAGUUAACCUGGUAUAUUUGUUAGAUAUCUAUGGAAACACUGUAACAUUGCGCCCUAGUUUUUUCUUGUCUUUUUCCGAAUAUAUAUAUGAAAAUAUUAAUUGUUAUAGUAAAAAUAAUGAAACAAGCUUUUACUUAAAAUUUUAUACUGAAGGAUAUACAUACAAAUAUCAUACCAUUAAGAGUAAACAAACGAAGAAAGAUAUUAACACACAAAUAUACCCAGAAGAGGUAGAGAAAAUAUUUUAUUGCAUUUUAAUUAAUUCUAAAAACUUAUAUGGGAAGGAAGAAUUAAAUUACCACUCGAUAUUUUCUAAUUCGGAUAUCUUGGUAUCUGUUUAUACUCUGUACAAUCACCUACCACAUUUUAAUAAAUUAUUAUUUUUAUGGUCAUAUAUUGACUUACUUCCUUUAAUAUUGAACGUAUGCUUAGAUAUAUCACAAAGUGACUGUGAUGAGUUGAGUCUCAUUUUGAAAAAGAAUACUUCUUUACUAGUCAGCAAGUCAUCAAUCACACCGUUGGUGCAGCAGUUUAAAAUGUGUAGCAACAGUGGGAAUAGUAAUAGCAGUAGCAAUAACAAUAUUAAUAGUAGUGGUAAUAAUAAUAGCAAUGGUAAUAGCAAUAACAAUAGCAGCAGUAAUAACAAUAACAAUAACAAUAAUAAUAACAAUAGCAGUGGUAAUAGCAAUAGUAAUAACAAUAACAAUAGCAGUGGUAAUAUCAACAGUAAUAACAAUAACAACAGCAGUGGUAGUAAUAAUAUUAAUAUUAACAAUAAUAACAUAAACAAUAAUAACAUAAACAAUAAUAAUAUAAGUAAUAAUAAUAUUAGUAAUAAUAAUAUUAGCAAUAAUAAUAUUAGCAAUAAUAAUAUUAGCAAUAAUAAUAUUAGCAAUAAUAAUAUUAGCAAUAAUAAUAUAAGUAAUAAUAAUAUUAGCAAUAAUAAUAUUAGCAAUAAUAAUAUUAGCAAUAAUAAUAUUAGCAAUAAUAAUAUUAGCAAUAAUAAUAUUAGCAAUAAUAAUAUUAGCAAUAAUAAUAUUAACAAUAAUAAUAGUAAUGCAUCGAAAAUAAGUGAUUUUAUAUAUAGCCUAUUUCAGCUAAAAUGUGAAAAUAACAAAGUAGAUGAAUACUUGAAUAGUUUAUCUAAAUUUAUAUCGGAUAUACUAAAUAAAAAGGACCCCUUUUUUAGUGGUUAUAACAAAAACUCCCUUUUACCGGGCAUGGAAAAUGCGAAUGCAUAUUAUAGUGGUAAUAGUAGUGCUAUUGGUGGUCCUACUGAUGGUCCUACUGGAAGUCCUGCAGGCGAUCCCAUUGGUAGUUCCUUUGGUAAUGAUAUUGAUACUCGAAGUAACUAUGUAAUUAGAUGCAAAUCGAAAAAAAAAAAUGAAACGUUAAUUAAGUAUACAGGUACUGAUGCACAUGAAAAUGAAGCAAAUAAAAUGAAUAUUUUUUCUGUACUAGAUAAAGUAAGGAAGAUUAAUAAUUUUAUUGGGACAAACACUAUAAUUGAUAAUACAUGCUUUGACUUAUUUUUAAAUUAUGAAGAAAAUAUAUUUUCGAAUGAAAUUAUAUUUUAUGUAAUAAAUGAAGGUAAAAAUAAAGACAUAAUAGCUUAUGGAGGAAGAUUCGACAGGAUAAUGCAGAAGUUGAACCGUGCCAAUGUAAGGUGUGAUAGUGCAAAUGGUUGUGGCAACGUAGGGGAUAGUAACAAUAUAUGGGGUGAUUAUGCAUAUGGUAGUAGUAUUGUAGAGGGUAGUAACAACGUACAGGGUAAUAGUAAUUUAGAGGGUGGUAAUGCAAACGGUAGUAGUAAUGUAGAGGAUGGUCAUAUAGGCGGUUUUGGUAGUAGCAGUAGUGGUAAUACCAAUACAUUAAAUAUAAAAGCAUAUGGUGUUGAAAUUUAUGUAGACAAAAUAUUUUUGAAAGUUACGGAAUGUAGUGAAAAAAUGUUUAAUAUGCCAUUGAUAGGUACAUCCGAUAAAUCACAAAUAUUCAAGAAUUUUUUAUUAACUCCCCAUGAUCACAAUAAUUUUGCAUGUACAAAUAAUAUAAUUCAUUCAUCUUUUAACAAUGGUCCACUCAAUUAUUCAUCUCCAAAAGUGUUAAUUGAAGUAUAUGAAAUUGAAAACUUGUUAGUCGCUUAUGAUUUGUCAAGAAAUUUAUUAAGUAAUAAUAUUCCUUCAUAUACAUAUUUUUCUAGUAAUACUGCACAUAAUAAAAAAAAGGCAAAAAGAUUUAAACAGCAAAAAAUUAAAUUCAUUAUUUCAAUUAAAUCAAAUAGCAAUGAUGCCUCUUUUGAUAUGCUUAACUCAGUCAAAUUAAAUGAUGUUAUUUAUAAAAUUUUUAAUUCCAAUAAUGAAGAUUAUAAUUUCUUGCGCCAGGAAGAAUUAAUACAUUACCUAACCAAAAAUAUGUAG